GUGGCGCGCUGUAAAUGUCCACUUGAUGGUAGUUGCUGUAAAUGGGCUGCAGUUUUAAAAAGUUGCCUGAUUCGUGACUUAUCGCUGGUUUGAAUCAAUAAACAGGCAACAGAAGGCAGUGAAAUGUGGAUACUGACACCCCUGGAGCCUGGAGGUGAGACCCACUAUCUCCUCUCCAGUAAGGAGUACGUGGUGGGGCGCAAGAACUGUGACAUCCUCCUCCACAAUGACCAGUCCAUCAGCAGGGCUCACGCUCACCUCACUGCUACUGACCAGGCUCUGACUCUAAAGGAUUCUUCCAAAUACGGUUCAUUUGUCAACGGCCAGCGUGUGGCAGAGAACACAUCGGUGAACCUGAGGUCAGGGGACAAUGUUACAUUUGGGGUUUUUCAAAGCAAAUUCAGCGUGCACCAUCAGAAGCCAGUGGUGUGUUCCUCGUGUUUGGACAAUGAUGGCAAGGCGUCGCUCUCUCAGGCUCUGUUGGCUUUGGGUGGAAAGCUGGUCAACAGCUGGACUGAGGACUGCACCCACCUGGUCAUGCCCACCACUAAAGUCACCAUCAAGACUAUUUCUGCCCUGCUGUGCUGUCGUCCCAUCGUGAAGCCAGAGUUCUUCUCAGAGCUCAGCAAAGCCUCUCAGCAGAAAUUACCCCCUCCCAAAGCUGAGAGUUUCAUCCCUGAGAUCGAUGAGCCCAGCCUGAGUAAAGAGGAUGUUAACAUUGGAGUGAUUCCACUUCGCAAACAGCUUUUCACCGGAAAGACCUUCGUAUUCCUCAGUGCCAAACAACUGAAGCGGCUGAGUGCAGCAGUGGGUUUUGGAGGUGGCAGGAGCCAGCUGCUGCAGGAGGGCUCGCUGCCCCGGGGCCUGCUAGAGUCUGCACAGAGCUGUGUGGUCGAUGUUAUGACAGGCAGCUCCCAAACUCUGCUUUCUUCCUCUACCACGGAGUGGGCAAACUCUGUAAAUAACAUUGUUCAAAGGAAAGGCCUCAGAGUCAUCACAGAGUCUGAAAUCGGUUUGGCUGCCAUCUAUGCUUCUUGUGACAAGUACUGCAAUCCGUCCAGUGUGGCGCUAGACUCAGAGUCAGCACCAAAAGUGAAACCCAGAAUCCCGAGUGCUUCGCUGUCACAGAGCGUUGCGGUGAAUGAGACUGUGUUACCGGCAGCAUCUCAGAACAUCACGGCUUACGCAGCGAAUACAGAGCCAUCACAGGGGAAAGAGCUGAGAGAAGUCACAGGGGUGGUGGCGGUGGGGGAGACUCCCGAGAAGAAGCAAAACCAGAGCGGCAGUCAGCUACGUGGAUCCAAACCCGAAGCUCAGAAGGUGCCAACUCAUUGCGUUGUGGCUGACACAAUGAGCUCAUCGUUCAACGCUACCAAGAACACGGACUCACCGUGGAAAAACCCCGAGACAAAACCAACAGUUUCAGGUGCAGGCAGUAGUGGCAUCAGGUCCCAGCCAUCUGCUCCCUGGACCAAUGGUGGCAAGAAGACAUUCGUACAGAGGCAGUCUCCUCAGAAACAGAAAAACUCUGCACAAGCUUCCCCACAGAAACAAUCAACUCUGACCAACUUCUUUCAAACAGUCAAUAAGAAGAGGCCUUUGGAGGACGAGCUCUGUGCUGUCACGUCAGAGCCAAAACGGCCUGUACUGGAAUCAUCCAUCAGCAUACAGGCACCAAACUCUUCAGCAACAUCUGAAGAAACAUACUCACGUUCAGACAGAGCCCCUGCAACAACAUCCCAGACUGCACUGGGGUCAGCAGCUGAUCUUUUUGUAGGACGUUCAGAGGUCUCCCAAGCUGUCCCAGAGCAGCCACGGAGUAGAAAGAGGAAGGAGUUGGAAGAAGACAUACACAUGGAUGAACUGGAAUCUAUUAUGUCUCUGGAUAUGGACUUCGGCGAUGAGCAGCCCUCGGGCAAUCAGGGCCAGAAAGCACCGCUAACAGUGCACAGUACAACCAAACAGAAACAAAGUUCAAAUACUGCGGAGGCUUCGUCUUCGAGCAAGAGGCAGCGGGUCCUCGUAGAGGAAACAGGAAAGAACCAGAGGUCGCAGGUGGGCCUGGAAAAAGAGUCAGAUUCCCAUAAGCACCAAAAAUCUCCACCACAUAUUGUCUCCAUCAAGAAAGAGCAGGUUGAUCCUUUAGAGCACAGGAAAACUAAUCAGGAGUUCAGCAAACCUCAGGAAGUGUCAUCCGCCAGUACAAGUAAAAACCUCCAGCCUUUUGACGAUGACGAGGCGUCUUUCAUUGAGGAUUUAGCGCUACUUGAAGGAGAUAUUACCAAGCCUAAAGAAGAGACUAAGACCCCUCUGAAACCAGUUACAGUCAAACAGGAGGUCCAAGAGUCGAAGAUUGAUGAAGACCUUCCUAAAAAGGUGGUGCUAGUGGAGUUUAGAUCUCUGACUGUGUCUGCACCUCCCAAAACCAAACCACAAACGACGCAGAGCAACGGCUGUGCAAAGAACUUCAAAUGUUUCCGCAAGCAGGUCUGCGUGUCAAGUGCAGGGGGCCGAGCCCACAUCAUCAGAGGGUCUGAUCUGCUAGUUCACAACCGGGGCAAAAACUCUGAUCUGGAUGAAUGGCUGAAAGAUGCAGCAGAGGAGGAGCGUCAGAACAGACGGGAUGAGAGCGCUGGAGAUGACCUCUUCAGGUACAACCCCACCAAACUAACCAGGAGAAGAUGAAAUGCCUUCAUCUCAACGUCCUACAGAGGGAAGUCAUUUCAGAGGCACAGGAAGUAUGUCAGACUUCAUCAACACUGUAUAAAAAGGACUCCAGAAAUACUAAUUUGAAAGAUAAAUCCUGAUAUCUGUGUGUCAAAUGUAACUGUGGUAGCUGCUUAUAUCAUCAGAAAUGUUUGUCAAUGUUUUGUUUUGCUUUUCUUCCUGUUCUAUCUAUAAAUGUCACUAAUGAACCCACUGACAGGGAACAAUGUAACAAAACAGUCACAUGUUCAGAGAUUUUUUCUCAAAGUUUUAUUUGUCAAUAAUAAAAAAAUGCGGCAUACAAAACAUUAAAAACUCUUCAAUUGUACAAGAGAGCGUUAAAACUCUACAUGCUGAAAGCAGCUUUUCCUUCGUUUUGAAG